AUGAAAGACUUCUUCAAUUCUCUCAAGAUGCAGAUCUUCGUAAAGACUCUCACCGGAAAGACAAUCACUCUCGAAGUCGAGAGCUCAGAUACCAUUGACAACGUAAAGGCGAAAAUCCAAGACAAGGAAGGGAUUCCCCCAGACCAACAAAGGCUUAUCUUCGCCGGAAAGCAGCUAGAAGACGGCCGCACCUUGGCCGAUUACAACAUCCAAAAGGAAUCAACUCUUCACCUUGUUCUUAGAUUAAGAGGAGGGAUGCAAAUCUUCGUCAAAACUCUCACCGGAAAAACUAUCACCUUGGAAGUCGAAAGCUCUGACACCAUCGACAACGUCAAAGCUAAAAUCCAAGACAAGGAAGGGAUCCCACCAGAUCAACAGAGGUUGAUCUUCGCCGGUAAACAGCUUGAAGACGGCCGCACCCUCGCCGACUACAACAUCCAGAAAGAGUCCACCCUCCAUCUUGUCCUCCGCCUCCGUGGUGGCAUGCAGAUUUUCGUCAAGACUCUCACCGGUAAAACAAUCACCUUGGAAGUGGAAAGCUCUGACACCAUCGAUAAUGUCAAAGCUAAAAUCCAAGACAAAGAAGGUAUUCCCCCAGAUCAGCAACGACUUAUCUUUGCCGGAAAACAGCUUGAAGAUGGCCGGACCUUGGCUGACUACAACAUCCAAAAGGAAUCCACCCUCCAUCUCGUCCUCCGUCUCCGUGGAGGUAUGCAGAUCUUCGUGAAGACCUUGACCGGAAAAACCAUCACCUUGGAAGUGGAAAGCUCUGACACCAUUGACAACGUCAAAGCUAAAAUUCAAGACAAGGAAGGUAUUCCCCCAGACCAGCAACGUCUUAUCUUCGCCGGAAAACAGCUCGAGGACGGCCGGACAUUGGCGGACUAUAACAUCCAGAAGGAGUCUACCCUCCAUCUUGUCCUCCGUCUCCGUGGUGGUAUGCAGAUCUUUGUGAAGACCUUGACCGGAAAAACAAUUACCCUGGAAGUUGAAAGCUCCGACACCAUUGAUAACGUGAAAGCGAAAAUUCAAGAUAAGGAAGGGAUCCCACCAGACCAGCAGAGGCUUAUCUUCGCCGGAAAACAGUUGGAGGACGGGCGGACGUUGGCGGACUACAACAUCCAGAAGGAGUCGACACUUCAUCUGGUUCUCCGGCUCCGUGGUGGGAUGCAGAUAUUUGUGAAGACGUUGACUGGAAAGACGAUUACAUUGGAGGUUGAGAGCUCUGACACGAUUGAUAAUGUGAAAGCGAAGAUUCAGGAUAAGGAAGGAAUCCCACCGGAUCAGCAGCGGUUGAUCUUUGCAGGGAAGCAGUUGGAGGAUGGUCGUACGCUUGCUGAUUAUAAUAUUCAGAAGGAGUCGACUUUGCAUUUGGUUCUCCGACUUCGUGGUGGGGUUUUUUAGGGUUCUUUUGUUGGGUAUGGCAGUCUUGUGAUGAUGAUGAUGUUGGUUUUCUUUUUAUGUUUAUGGAUUGAUGCUGUUGGUUGAUGUAUGAACAGUUCUUUGUGGUUUAUGGGUUGUGUUUAGCCUUUUAGGCUCUUUGCUUCUUUGAAAUCACAUUUAAUAAAAAAUAACAAAUUGGUCAAAAUUAUUGUGGUUAUUGUU